UGACAUGCAGAUAAACUGUUAGGCAACACAUGCAGGCUGUCAUAAUGCAGGGUAAACAUGAAUGUACAGUAAAAGGAAGUUAUGUGGCAAAAGAGCCGUUAAGGAAGUCAAUGCAACUGUAGCAUGAACAGAAAAUGAGGAAGCAAGAGCAUAGCUAGUUCCAGUUGGUAGAUUCUUCUUCUUUGGGUCUGAACUACUUCAGCAGCAGUGUAUGCAUGGAAGACGCGAAGAGCCGUUUUUCAGUGCAUACCUAUCAUUUAUUUAAACAGUGAUUUUUGCUAGAAAGGUGUAUUAUUGGUUACAUGGACUGUAUAUCCUAAGGCUGGAAAGAUCAGGAACAAUUACCAAAGACUUCUUUGUUCAGCUGCUGAUUAAGUGAGGGUGGGACUGAAGAAAACAUAAGCACAACAGGCAGAAGAGAAGCAGACGGGCUUCUGAGAGUGUUUUCCCCUUCGAAGCAUGGCAGAUAUUGCCCAGAAUCUGCCAUAUUUUUUUGGCAAUAUUACCCGUGAAGAAUCAGAAGAUUACUUGAGGCAAGCUGGUGCGAGUGAUGGCCUGUAUUUGUUGAGGCAAAGUCGUAGCUACCUUGGUGGUUAUGCUCUGUCAGUGGCACAUGGCAGGCAUUUUUACCAUUAUACUAUUGAGAGAGAGUUGAAUGGAACUUAUGCCAUUUCAGGUGGCAUAUCUCAUAACAGCCCUGCUGAACUGUGUCAUUAUCACACACUAGAGAGCAGUGGACUUGUAUGCUUGCUCAAGAAACCGUGCAAUCUGCCACCUGGUGUUCAGCCAAAAACUGGACCAUUUGAAGAUCUUAAAGAACAUCUAAUUAGAGAAUAUGUACAGCAAACAUGGAAUUUACAGGGUGAAGCUCUGGAACAAGCUAUUAUCAGUCAGAAACCUCAACUAGAGAAGCUAAUUGCCACGACUGCACAUGAAAAAAUGCCAUGGUUCCACGGAAGGAUUUCACGUGAAGAUUCUGAGCAGUUACUUAUCAGUGGAGUAAAGCCAAAUGGGUCUUUUCUAAUAAGAGAACGAGAUGAUAAUGGAUCCUAUGCUCUGUGUUUGCUGCACGACAGAAAGAUUUCUCAUUACCGUAUUGACAGAGACAAAACUGGCAAGUUAUCAAUACCAGAUGGGAAAAAAUUUGAUACUCUCUGGCAGCUGGUUGAACACUAUUCCUAUAAACCUGAUGGACUUCUGAGGGUCCUGACAGAGCCAUGUUCCCGUGCAACUGGACGCAAAGAAAGCUUUAUAUUUAACCGUACAGUAUGUCCAGAACCUCCUCCCCACCACAAAAUGAGUUGGUCAGCUGGUGGAAUUAUCUCAAGAUUCAAAUCCUACUCCUUCCCCAAGGCUGGCAACAAAAAGAGUUCUGCAGAAGCCAUGAAACGGAACAGAAGUUCUUCAUCAAUGAAGGUUCUUUCUUGUAGGCCAAAUGUAGAAGUCACAAAGGAUUCUAUGCCUAUGGACACUGAUGUCUAUAGAGGAAUAUAUGAAGACCCAGAUGAGUUCAGACCCAUGGAUGGCAAAAUAGCUCCGGAACAGCUUACUUUGCUUGAAACUGAACUUGGAUCUGGCAACUUUGGCAAUGUUAAAAAAGGAAUGUUAAAGACAUCAAAAUCUGAAAAACCAGUAGCUGUUAAGAUUCUUAAAAAUGACAGCAAUGAUGAGUCAAUGAAGGACGAGCUCCUCAAAGAAGCCAGAGUCAUGCAGCUAUUGAAUAAUCCCUACAUUGUCAGAAUGCUUGGAAUCUGUGAAGGGGCAUCAUGGAUGCUUGUCAUGGAGCUGGCAGGACUUGGGCCUCUAAAUAAGUUCUUGGCUAGAAACAAAAAUGUUACAGAACAUAAUGUAACAGAGCUUGUACAUCAGGUCUCCAUGGGAAUGAAGUAUUUAGAAGAAACAAAUUUUGUCCACAGAGAUCUGGCCGCACGAAAUGUUUUGCUGGUCACACAACAUUAUGCCAAAAUCAGUGAUUUCGGGCUUUCCAAAGCACUUGGAACUGAUGAAAAUUAUUACCAAGCAAAGACUACUGGAAAGUGGCCUAUGAAAUGGUAUGCCCCUGAAUCUUUAAACUAUCAUAAAUUCUCAAGCAAGAGUGAUGUAUGGAGCUUUGGAAUUCUAAUGUGGGAGGGGUAUUCCUACGGUCUAAAGCCAUAUCCAGGAAUGAAAGGUAAUGAAGUGACAGUUUUUAUUGAAUCAGGAAAACGCUUGGAGUCCCCUCGACGUUGUCCACCAGAAAUGUACAAUUUAAUGAAAUUAUGUUGGACAUAUAGCACGGAUGAACGACCUUCUUUUGCUGUAGUUGAACUGAAACUCCGGAGUUAUUAUUAUGAUAGUUCUCACUGAUUUGAAGAAGAAGGAACAGACUUAUUUUCACAACCAAGAACUUUUCCAGGGUGUGUCCAGAGAACAUAUCAAGUGUGCAUGUGUGUGUUGGUGUGUUAGUGUGUGCAGGAAUGGGCUCUAUUAUCCAGAAACCCAGUAUCCAGAAUGCUACAAAUACAGGAAUACCAUAGAGUCCUAUUUAAGCAAUUAAUUCUUCUUUUUUUUAAUGAUUUCCUUUUCCCUGUUAUAAAACAACAGUUCCUUAUACUUGAUGGUAACUAACUAAUCCAUGAUGGUGGCAACACAGUCCUAUUGGAUUUUUUUUAGUAUCUUUAAGCUAUGGCACUCCAAAUUACAGAAAGACCCCUCAUCCCAAAAGCACCAGAUCCCAAUCAAUCGGGAUAAUAGAUUCCAUACCUGUAUUUGAAUUUGACAUUUGGGGGGGGGGGGUG